AAGACACACAAACACAGACCCACAGUGUUAGAAAAUGGAUUCAUCAACAAGCCUUUAAACUUUCAACGACAAACCCUAGAAAUCCACCGAUCAUCUUCAUCUUCAUCUUCCCCCCAAAAAGGUUAGUCCUUUCCUCUCCCUCUCUUCAAUCCUUUCCAUAUCUGUGUAUUUCUAUAUCUAUAUCUGUAUAUACCCUCAUGGCGGCGACGAUCGAAGGCCAAGAGAGGGUUAUGGCGGCAGCUAAGCAAAUCGUGAAGAGUCUCAACACAUCCAAAGAUGCUACUGAGGACAUGCUCUUGAUCUUAUCGAGCUUCGACAAUCGCCUCUCCAAUAUCACUAGUUUGAUGUCGAAUGGAACCGAGAGCGGCGGCGGAGGUGAUUGUGCUGGUGGAGAUGGAGAUUGCAAGAUCGAUCCUCGAUUCGAAGCUGCUGAAGAGGUGAUUCUUCGCUGGGAUUCGAAUUCCGAUGCCUCGCGACACUCGCUGCGGUGGGAGGACUCGCCCGACGAGGCGGCGGAGUAUUUGGCCGCCGUGGAUGAGAUUCUCCAACUGACUGAAGAUCUCACGAUCAGGUCCGGGAUCGAGAUCGUGGAUCGGGCGGAGAGUGCGCUUCAAUUGGCGAUGUUGAGGCUGGAGGAUGAGUUUCGUCAUAUUCUGAUUCAAAACACUGUCCCGCUUGAUACCGAGCGGCUUUACGGCUCGAUCCGUAGGGGUUCGCUUUCGUUCGCUUCGAACGAUGGCGAAAUCGAGGAUUUCGGGAGUUUUGGGGGGGAUGAGCAGGUGAGUUACUGUCGCGUGAGAGGCGCGAGCUUGGGGGAUGAUGUGCGUGUGGACUUGAUUCAUCCUGAUGCUGUGGUUGAACUCAAGGAGAUCGCUGAUCGGAUGAUUAGGUCUGGAGAAGAGUGUUGUCAAGUGUACAGCAAUGUUCGUCGCGAUGUUCUCGAUGAGUGUUUGUCUAUUCUCGGCGUUGAGAAACUGAGUAUUGAGGAUGUUCAGAAGAUUGAGUGGACUUCUUUGGAUGAGAAGAUGAGGAAAUGGAUUCAAGCUGUUAAGAUUGUGGUUAGGGCUCUUUUGAAUGGUGAGAAACAGCUUUGUGAACAAAUAUUUGAGGGCUCUGAACUGAUUAAAGAGGUUUGCUUUGUUGAGACCGCAAAGGGUUGCGUGAUGCAGUUCUUGAAUUUUGGUGAGGCGGUUGCAAUUGGGAGGAGAUCGUCAGAGAAGCUGUUUCGUAUACUAGAUAUGUAUGAUGUGCUGAUGGUUGUUUUUUCAGAUUUGCAAAUGUUGUUUAGUGAUGAAUCGGGGGAACUAGUGUGCAGUGAGGCCCGGGGAGUACUUGCUGGAUUGGGGGAGGCAGCUAUUGGCACAUUUGUGGAGUUUGAAAAUGCCGUUCAGGGUGAGGCAUCUAGGAAACCGACUCUGGGUGGUGAGAUUCACCCACUGACCCGAUAUGUGUUGAAUUAUGUGAAAUUGCUUGUGGAUUACAGUGAGACCCUGAAUACUCUACUAGAAAACAUUGGGGAUGAAUAUGAUCGUUUGGAAGGGGAUGAUGGCAAUAAUACGUCUUUGGAAGGCACAUCUCCAAUUGCACGCCGAUUGCUUUUAUUGUUAAAAUCACUGGAAUCGAACCUUGAGGAGAAAUCAAGAAUGUAUGAGGAUGGUGCAAUGCAAUAUAUAUUCUUGAUGAAUAAUAUACUUUAUGUGGUUCAGAAGGUGAAAGAUUCUGAGCUUGGAAAGCUUUUGGGGGAUCAAUGGGUUCGCAAGCGCCGUGGUCAGAUUCGCCAAUAUGCCACAGCCUACCUCAGAAGUUCAUGGACCAAAGUCCUGUCUUUUUUGAAGGAUGAAGGGAUUGGUGGGAGUUCAGGUAAUGCCUCUAAGUUGGCUUUGAAGGAAAGGUUUAAGAAUUUCAAUGCCGCUUUUGAAGAAAUUUAUAGGACCCAGACAGCUUGGAAGGUCCCAGAUGCUCAACUUCGUGAAGAGCUCCGAAUAUCUAUUUCAGAGAAAGUUCUUCCAGCCUAUCGCUCAUUUUUGGGAAGGUUGGUUCAGCUAGAGAGUGGCAGAAUUGGCUGGGAAAAACAUCAAAAUACCACGCACCCAGAUGACUUGGAGAACUAUUUAUUGGAUCUAUUUGAAGGAACGCCUGUAGUUCUGAACCACUUGAGAAGGAAAAGUAGUUCAUAGAAUGCAGGAUUCAUGCAGGAGGUAAGCUUUUUUUCAAGGACUAAUUGGAAUCAGUUCACCUCGUAAAUCUAGCUGGAUAAUGUGCUGUUUAUUUUGUUGUUGUUGAUGUUUUAAUCCAGGUUUUUGUGAAAGAUAGUCAUACCCUCUAUAUACUGUAAUAAUUUUGUACAUGUGUCAUAGAUCCUUCGUGUGUGAAAUUUAUCAUGUUUCAUGUAUCUACUGUCGCAAAUCACAUUUAGAGUUUAACUUAGAUCGUGGCCAUGAUUUUAUCACAUUUAAGGGGCUAUUU